AUGGCUGGUCAGAGAAACAGUUACGGAAAGCGGUCUCAUUCUCACUCGGAUUAUGAUGAUGGAAGAAACAAGAGAAGAAAUUCAGGUGAAGAUAGAGACCCUUUGGUCAUUGACCCUCGUGAUACUGUUUACCGGUAUUUGUGCCCCGGUAAAAGGAUUGGAACGAUCAUUGGGAAGGGAGGUGAAAUUGUCAAACAGUUGAGGUUAGACACCAACGCCAAGAUUAGAAUUGGUGACACCAUACCCGGGUGUGAUGAUCGCGUGGUUACCAUCUACAGCUCUAGUGACGAGACUAAUCCAUAUGCAGAUGGUGAUGAUAAGAUCUCACCGGCUCAGGAUGCUCUAUUCAGGGUGCACGAUAGAGUUGUUGGGGAAGAUUUGCGUGUCGAUGAAGACUCUGAAGAAGGUGGCGGUCAGCAAGUGACUGCGAGGCUUCUUGUUCCAUCUGAUCAGAUAGGCUGCAUUAUCGGGAGAGGUGGGCAGAUUGUGCAGAGUAUCCGUACUGAAACUCGCACACAGAUCCGCAUUUUGAAGGACGACCAUUUGCCACUCUGUGCACUGAGCUCUGAUGAACUUGUACAGAUUUCUGGUGAAGCUGGAACAGUAAAAACGGCACUAUAUCAGAUUGCUGCUCGCCUUCAUGAAAAUCCAUCACGGUCUCAGCACUUGCUGGUUUCUGCUGUCCCCAACAUGUAUCCUUCUGGUGGUUCACUGAUUGGUCCUACUGGUGGGGCACCAAUUGUUGGAAUGGCUCCAUUGAUGAGUCCUUAUGGAGGAUAUAAAAGUGAUGCUAGAGAUUGGUCGCGGUCCUUGUACUCGACACCCAGAGAGGAACUUCCACCUAGAGAAUUUUCUCUUCGUAUGGUUUGUCCAAGUGGUUAUAUAGGUGCCGUGAUUGGAAAAGGUGGUGCCAUCAUUAAUCAAAUUAGACAAGAGACUGGAGCCGGUAUAAAGGUUCAUAGUUCAGCUGCUGAUGAUUGCUUGAUAGCAAUUUCAGCCAGGGAGGUGUUUGAUGAGCAACAUUCUCCGACAAUUGAAGCAGCCUUGCGGUUGCAACCCAGAUGUAGUGAGAAAACCGAGAGAGAUUCCGGACUUCUCUCAUUUACAACCCGGCUGCUUGUACCUUCUUCACAAAUUGGAUGCCUUCUCGGUAAGGGCGGAGCUAUUAUCAAUGAGAUGAGGAAUGUUACAAAUGCUAACAUACGUAUCCUUGGAAAGGGCAAUGUUCCUAAAGUUGCAGCGGAUGAUGAUGAGAUGGUACAGAUCUCUGGGGAACUUGAUGUCGCCAAGGAUGCACUCAUAGAAGUAAGCCGGAGGUUAAGGGACAAUGUAUUUGACCGAGAUCGUGGUGCAGCCUCUGCUUAUUUGCCAGUGCUACCCUAUGUCCCUGUUUCAACUGAUGUGUCAGAUGACUUUCAUUAUGAUGCCAGAGAUAGUAGACGGGUUGGACGCGGACAUACUUAUUCUGGUGGUUAUGCCUUGAGUGAUUAUCCUGCCAGUGACACAUAUGGUAGUUACAGUAAUUCACAGAUCGGUGGUAGUGGUGGUCCAUAUGGACCCUAUGGGAGUUAUUCGUCUGCACGUGCAAGCACUUCUGGGUAUUCUAACCAGGUCCCGACAGCACGGCGUAGAAACCAUUACUAG